GUUUAGUUCCUGUUUUGAUAAUGCAUCGUUGACAAGCUGAAAACAGAUAGCUAAUUCAGAAAUUAUUAUUGCUUUAGCGCUUUUCUUCACCUGUUGGAAUUACGUAAAUUGUAAUCUUACGGUUUCAUGACGCUACACGUGACAGCAUGGACAGUCGCUGUUAUUGUUGUGCAUCAAAGUUUAGUCUCUUCAAGAAAGAGCUGGGCUGUAAGAGCUGUGGACGAGCCUUCUGCUCCAGCUGUUUGACUUUUAAUGCUGUGGUGCCUCGCUGUGGUAACACCCAGCAGAAGGUCUGCAAGCAGUGCCAUGGUAAUUUGACAAGAGGGGAGGCUUCUUCACACAAUGCUGGAAGAUGGUCUCCUCCAGAAAAUUACAAAAAACGAGUUGCUGCGCUGGAGGCAAAACAGCAAGGACAGUCGACUCAACCUGCCGUACACGGGGGAAGCAGAAACAGCAAAGUAGGCCAUCUACCAGCAAAAGGCCUGAGUAAAGAAGACCAAGCUAUUGCUGAGAGACUUCAAAAGCUGAAAGAGGACACUAAACCUAGGUCCAUUCCUUCAGAGAAGGAAAUCGAGUCACGCCUUGCUGCUCUGAGAGUCCCCAUCCAACCUGUUCCUUCUACAGAGGAGAUGGAGAAUCGUCUGGCUGCUCUGCGAAGUCAUCCUCCACCAUCUCAAGCUCCUGCUCCUGUGCACCAACCUCCUGAUACCCGGACUCAGACUGAAAAAGCCAGUGACUUGUUAACCCAGCUGAUGGAGGAAGUUGCCAUUGACAACCAACAAUCAAAUCCUGAACUCAGCAUAGAUAUGAAUGAUCUGAACAAGGGGGAGGGGGCUACGUUGGAUGAGAACAUGGAGGACAACCAGGGAGCAGUCAAACAGCUGGAGGCAGAGAAAGAGCGUCUGCUGGAGGAAGCCAUGAAUGAGCUGAGGAACGAGCGACAUACCCAGGAUCAAAUCCUCGACAUGGCCAAGAGGCUGGCCCAGUUAAAGGGCCAGGAUCCAAAUAAAGUCACUGCAGAGGAUUUCCAACAACCUGACAGUGAAGAGGAGACUGAGGAAGAAGCUGUGAGGAGAGUGCUAAAACAGCUCUCAGAAGAAGCUGCACUCGACGAAGCUAGUGGGUACAACAUACCCGUAGAACAGAGCGGCCCGAGGAACACGGAGAAGAAAAAGACCUCUAAGAAACUAACCGUAGCUCCCGCACCAAAGAGCAAGAUUUCACCUGCUGCAGCUGCACAUCUGCCGUCAGACAGCGAUGAGGAGGAGCUUCCUUGGUGCUGCAUCUGUAACCAAGACGCCACCCUCCGCUGUCACACCUGCGAUGGAGACCUGUACUGCAACCCCUGCUUCAGGGAAGGCCAUGAUAAAUAUGAUAGGAUGGAGCAUCGCACCACUAACUACGCUGCCCCGAAGAAGAAGAGGAAGACGUGAUGGGAGCGUUUAAUUACACUCUGGCCCUUUCCCACUUCAGGACUUGAUCUUUGACCUUAAGUGACAUUGUGAAAAUAGCAACUUAAGAAUUAAAAAGCUGCCUAUUAUCCCAUAUUAUCUCCAAACUCCCAUCAUAACGUACCUCUAUGCUAGCUUAAUUAGGGGAGAAUCAGGUCCUGGUUGUGGUUUCUGCUGACUGCUUAGUAUUAAAACAGUUACUUACUAAAUAUAGAUGUUAGCUUUAAAGAAAUAAUAAAUUAGAGGCGAUAUUAGAAAUCCAACUUAUUUCUGUGGAAAAUAGAAGUAAAUGUAGCAGAAGACGGGGUGUUUCAGCAAAACCUUUAAAGCUGCAUAAAGAUAAACCCUUAAAAGCGAAAGAAAACGGUUUUUGUUGUUCUGCUGUGUCCUACUUUGUAAUCGCAACAAAGCCCUAUUCUAAGUGUACUUUGAACUCUUUGUCUCGCGGCUCGCUUUAACACUUUUUCAGCAGAAACCAGACAGAUCGUGAGCUCAUCCGGGAGGAUGUUCGAUCUAUCUGAGACUUUUGUCAGCUCCAAACUGAAGAGUCAGUCUAAAAGAAUCACUGAGGCCUUUGUUUGCUUUGCGUUGUCAUUCGUCUAGUCUAUGUUUGGCUGCUAUUCUGACAUAAGCAUCGACUGUCUUGUCCUGAUGAGGUUUGAUUAUAAAUGAAUCCAAACUAUC